AUGAUAAGAGUGGGACAAUUACAAAGGUUUGGUGUGGCAAUAGGAUGUAAAAAGUUGGCAGGUGCCGUGGGAGAUAACUGCUGCCCCGUGGGAUGCAGACGAUGCAAAAAAAUAUGUGAAAACAGAGUACCUGGUAUAAAUGGAGAGCAUGACAUAAACGUGAAGUGCACAUGUCGAACUUGUAAAGGGUUUGUCCUCAACAAACCUGGAGAACAACCAUGUCCCACAGACAAAUGUCGAGGCCACGGUCUCAUCGAUAAGCGGGGUAACAUACGCAAGCACGACGAUGGUAAAUGCCAUGGCCACGAGCCAGAAACUGUAUAUAAAUGCUACUUCGGAGAAGAGCGCGACGAAUUCGGCAAUUGCACCAUGAAGUGCAAAGAUUGCCUCUUCAUUUUCUGGGCCAUGUUUCCUGAGAAAUUUCACGCGAUGAUGGGUAAAAUACGUGCGACAUUUGCUAACUCAAGUGAGAGUUCUAGAGCAACCACGAAAAGUCUUGUUGGUAAAAGGAUUCCCGAAGAGAUAAACAAUGAAAAAUACCCUGCUCUCCGUCCAAGGGCAUACGCUGGCUUGUCGUCAGCGUAG